AUGUCUGUUAUUAUGGGAACCUCUGGUUGUGACAAACUCGCCUUUGUUUGGAACUUUUAUGCAGAAAGUAUGGCCUAUACUUUGUUGCUGAACCAUAGUGUUUUGGCUCUGAGGACUUGGAAAAAUGCAGCAAUUUGGACGAGGACAGGUAUCGCUGAAAAGACAGCAGAAGAACUUGCAGAGCAGGCAAUAUGGAGUUGCAUCACUGCGCGGCUGGUCUUGCUUCAUUAUCUCCUUAAUGAAGCUAAACAAUAUAACACAGUGAUGGCACCCAAGAAGAUCCUCAAGGAUCAUGGUUUUAAUAUGAUGGAAGACAUUAAGGCCCAAAUUAGGAACGAAUACCUUCCAAUCAUCUAUGACGAGGCCCAAAUUCACACCACUUUCUUAGCAAACACGUUCCUGUUUCAUAAUAUAAAGAUCAUGCCAUUUUUCUCCAUGGUUGUUUCUUUACGCAUGCAGUUCGCAAAUGUGAUUGUUCACGUAUCUGGAUCUGGCCUAUCACUAUUGCGGGCAAGAGCCAACAGUAUCAUCGAAGGGAAAGGGUGA